AUCACGCGCCGUAUUCUAGGAUCAGCAGGAUGUACAGCCUGUAAACUAGGCGUAGGACUGAUUCAAGAAGUAGUAGCCUCGUAUAAAUCUGAGGAAGAAAUCAGAAUUCAGAUAGAAAGAUUGUGUAUUUAUUUAGGUAUUGAAGAUGAAAGAGUCUGUGAGGGAUUGAGUCAUGAAUUUAAGGAUGAAGUUUUGACAGUGUUUGAUAAACUAGUGUUAGGACCUAAAGAAGUCUGCUCCAUAUUGAUAACUGACUGUGGAGAUCCAUAUAAUCCCUUAGAUGACUGGAACAUUACCCUUCCUGAAACACCCAAACCUCCCAUCACUCCAAUAAAACCACCUAAGCCUGGAUCACCUGUAAAGAGAAUAUUACAGCUCUCUGAUAUACAUCUAGAUGUACUAUAUAAACCUGGUAGUAAUGCUGUUUGUAAUGAACCAUUGUGUUGUAGACCAGAUGAUGGUCAACCAGGUAAAGGGGUGCCAGGAGCUGGAAAAUGGGGUGAUUAUAGAAACUGUGAUACACCUAUCUGGACAUUGAAUAAUCUGUUUGAACAUCUCCAACAAAUAUCACAUCAGUUUGAUAUAGUAUAUUGGACAGGAGAUUUACCAGCUCAUAAUAUCUGGAAUCAAACACGUCAAGAUCAAGUAGAUAUAUUAAAAAGAUUACAUGAUUUGUUUGUGAAAUAUUUUCCUGAUAAAACAAUAUACAGUGCUCUUGGAAAUCAUGAGAGUUCUCCAGUGAAUAGUUUUCCUCCACCAUUUAUAACUGGUAACCGAUCUAUAAGUUGGUUGUAUGAUGCUCUAGCAGAAGACUGGUCAACAUGGCUGCCAAAUACCACUAUUUCUACAAUUAAAAGAGGAGCAUUCUAUGAAGUGUCACCAUUUCGUGGUUUUAGAAUAGUGUCUAUUAAUACUAAUUUUUGUAACAAUCGGAAUUGGUGGUUGUUACUCAAUGCUACUGAUCCUGCUGGCCAGUUACAGUGGUUAAUAAACAUCUUACAACAAGCUGAAAACAACCAGGAAAAGGUACAUAUUAUUGGUCAUAUACCUCCAGGAAUAAAAGAUUGUUUACGAGCCUGGAGUUGGAAUUACUAUAAAAUAGUCAAUAGAUAUGAGAGUACAAUAGUUGCUCAGUUUUUUGGUCACACACAUAAUGAUCAUUUUGAAGUAUUUUAUGAUGAGAAUGAUUUAAAACGACCAUUAAAUAUUGCUUAUAUAAGUCCCAGUGUAACACCCUAUUCAGAUUUAAAUCCUGGUUUUAGAAUUUAUACAGUGGAUGGUAAUUAUAAUGGUUCAUCAUGGGCUGUGUUAGAUCAUGAAACCUAUUUAUUAAAUUUAACAUCAACCAAUAUGUAUAACACUCCUAAAUGGACUUUAGAAUAUUCUGCUAAAAAAGCUUAUGGAAUGAAUGCAUUAAAUCCAGCAGACUGGGAUAUUCUCAUAACUAAAAUGUCAACCAACAAUACCUUAUUAAAUACUUUUUAUAGAUAUUAUUUUAAAUCAAGACCAGACGGUAGUUGUGAUGAAACAUGCAAGAAGAAGGUUUUGUGUGCGCUACGUAGCGGUAGAUCACAUGAUGAACGG